CAAGUACUUUACACAUUAUGCUGGUCAGGCUCACCGGUCUAUAGCUGUUCGUGGAGUGACUAGGUAUUGUUUACACCUGCUGGGCUGUGAGGUGCAGGGCAGGCAGCCUUCACUCAAGCUGUACUACGUUACUACAGAGCUGACGCACUAAACUGUAGCAGUCUUCUCAUUUUCAAGAAGGUGACAGUUACACUGGUGUCUGCUGCCUCUCAAGGUAUUAUUGAGAAUGGCGCUGUCGAGGUUUACACGAGUAUUUCAUCGGCCGAGAAGUGCUGUGAUUGGUAUGAUACACGUUAAGGCUCUUCCAGGAACUCCAUUGCACCGUCAUAGAUUGGAGAAAUUGGUGGAGAUGGCGCGCUCAGAGGCCCAGAUCUAUGCUGAGGCUGGUGUUGACGGGAUUCUCGUUGAAAACAUGUUUGAUCUCCCCUAUCUUAAGGGGUCAGUGUUGGGGCCUGAAGUUGUGGCCUGCAUGACUCGAGUUUGUCACGAGGUACGAAGCGUUACCCCUAAGAAAAUACCCUGCGGUGUUCAGAUACUUGCAGGUGGGAACCAGGAAGCAUUGGCGGUGAGCAAAGCAUGUGGAUUAGAGUUCAUCCGGGCUGAGUGUUUUGUGUUCUCCCACGUGGCGGAUGAAGGGCUCAUGGACGGAUGUGCUGGACCUCUGCUCCGCUACCGACGGGCGAUUGAUGCUGAUGAUGUUUUGGUUUUCACCGAUAUAAAGAAGAAACACAGUGCCCAUUCAAUAACUGAUGAUGUCAGUGUCGUUGAAAUGGCUGAGGCUGCGAGGUUCUUCCUUGCUGAUGGUGUAAUACUUACUGGCUCGGCAACUGGUCAAGAAGCAGAUCAUCAGCAGUUGCAUGACGUGAGAAGUGUUGAUUUGCCUGUCUUGGUGGGUUCUGGGGUAACCAAGGAAAAUGUUCAUAAAUUCAUCAAUGCAAAUGGAUUUAUUGUUGGUUCCCACUUCAAGAGAGAUGGAAAGUGGACAGGUGAGCUGGAGUACCAUAGAGUCAAGGCAUUUACUGACCUUGUAAAGAGUCUGCGAAGAGACUGAUAAAACCCAGUCCAGUGGCAGGUCCUCUGCCCUGGCACAAGAGUAAUGAGAGACCUGAGCUGAGUGAUCAUCAAGGGUAUGAUGUCAUAAAACUUUUCAAGAUAGGUGUUUUACCUGUUUAAUUUUAUGAUAUUUAUACAUGAAUUAUUGAUAGAAUACAUUAUUAAUAAUUGAUUUGUGAAUUACUGUACAAUAAAUUCAUGCAUGGAAUUUC